CGCGUGUUCCUACUACAUAGUAGUUUCCGAUCUCUGGUGUUGCGUCGCUCCUGUACUUUUCCAAGCGAUGAUGCUCAUCAAGAAGCAAGCAUUCCUGUAAACGUUUGCAACAGUCUGGAAGCACAACAAGUGAGAUGGUUUCCGUUUCUCGACCGAAUGAAAUAGCGUGAAAGUAGUAUUUUUGCGACGUCUGUCUACCCACUCUUCAUUUCAAGCCAAUUCUGGUACUGGCACAUCAGGUCGACGAAUUCAAAUUUUUCGCACACUUGUUUUUUUUUUAGACGAUCCUUCCUCUUCCAUCUGAACUAACAUGGGAUUACUUGGAUUAAGCGAUCAACCAAACGAAACGUUUCUGAUGAUUUCGUAACGCACUCUGUUACUUUGUUGGAUGUUGGCUUUUCCUUCUGCUCUUGAUUGGAGCGGCGAAGGACCAGAAGACUAAAUCUUUUCAGAAGUAACUAUGAGAGAUCCAGUGAUUUGUGGCAGACGCAGAAUACAACAUUCUCUCUGGCAUCAGGUGGAAGAGCGUUGGUGUGCACUAAAAAACUUAAUGUGAUGAAUCAAUUUUAGGCUUGGACAACGAAUCAAGGCCAGCCAGGCAAUUCUGAAAACAUAUUCAUAUUUUCUACAACACAUAGCAAAAAUGUUGUCGGACACGCGUUUUGCCUCAGCCACAGAAGUGGCUUCCGCAACCUCUAGCGACACUGUUUUUACCCAAGCAGCCACAGCCGAGGGCAAAGACUGGUCAUGUCAACAACAGCCUCGUCAUCGCAGGUCAUUGAGGAGAAAUCUAUUAGUUACCGCAAUGGCCUCCACUUGCUUGUUCGCGUCUACUCUUGUCACAGCACAGCAAGCAUCGCAGGAAGAACUCGGCGCCAAUGCUGAGCUUUACAACGAGUUUGAGGAUGUUCUGGAUGUUUCUUCAAAGAACGGUAAUAAAACUAGUGAGGAAGUAGAGACAGAAACCGAUUGGUCUCUGGCGGAUAAGAUGUCGUUGCAGCAUUGCUUUUUGACGACUUCAGGGGGAGAAGACAACAAGGUAGACUCCAGCUGUUUCGAACGUGGGACUUUGCUUUUGUUGCCGACAGCAGCCAGGAUCGAGGACGAUCCGAACUUCGAGAAAAUGCGAGACACCGAAAAACUUCGAACCUUGGUCGAAAGUUGUCAGUAUUACUCUAUUGAGCUCACACCCGCCCAAGAAGAUGGAGCUGCGUCAACGUCGUCCAGUGUUAAAAUGUCGUUGAAAACAAGCAUCCCAUGUUCGCUGCUUAACGUAGAAGAUCAGCACGAUAGCUUGGAGGUCAGUCUGACUUCGCGCGGAAAGGUCCUCGGCAUCAACUACAGAACGCAACCGGCAUGGGGCUUGAACCUUUUCGAGCACACGGCGGUACCUAGAAGUCCUUUUGACUUGCAUAGAAUUUCUCUUGAAUGGCUUAUAGAUAGUAGAUCCAGCAAGAAUUUACAACGAAAAACUUGACUUCUGUGUAGUGUCCUUUUCUAAUUCGCCAAACUCCACUCAUUUGAAACAGGUACGUCUCAACAAAGGCUUGGCCGCGCCCGCACCCGUUAUCCCACCGAGACCAGUAAUUAAGGAAGGAGAACAAGAGCAACUACAAGACAACAGUAUUUUUGGCAUGUUGCGCCGAUACUGGUGGGUUAUUCUCAUCGUUUUCGUCAUAAUGAAUGUGAUGGGUGGAAUGGAGGACCCUGGUAAGUGAUGGAAAUAUGCGUCGCUGUGAAGGGAGGUGGCCACGAUCUUCAGAAGAACAAUAUUAUGUCUUGUGCUAGGGCCUGGCGUGCGUAGCGACAUAGUCUGCUCACAUGUAAACUCCCGACCUGUUGCACUAACGUUGUUUGCUCCCCUGCAUGACAACCAAACUGGAUUUACCCAUCAUCACCCAGUCAGGAAUUCUUAUGAUUCCACUCUAGAUGAGUUUAAUGAAUAUCCCCCUCUGCUCCGCUUGACUCAAAGAGCCAACUCUUCACAUUUUGCAGUUACUCCGCUUGAUGUACAACUUGGGAACGCAU